UAUUUGUGCAUGUGUGUGUGUGUGUGUGUGUUAUUUAUAUUUGUCAUGACGUAGAAAGCGGGAGGGCAGCUAUGGUCCUGCUGAGAAUGGAGAAGGUCAGUGUUUGAAGUGUUCAGCUCCUCUCAAAAGGUGUGUUGGUUUGUAAUAGUGCGCAAAAGCUUUGAUACUGUGUAGGUGUGUGUGAGUUUGAAGCUAGUGACGUUAACAAAAUUAUUUUGGGGUGGGGGCUAAGGAUGCCUUCCUCUGUUGUGACUGGUCAAAAGGAGAUGACAAACAGUUGGUCAGUCAGGAUAAAUCUAAAUGACCUUUCAGACUCUGAUAUUACCAGGUUAGACAAACACAGGAGCAGACCGAAACUAAAGUCCAGGACUUCCAAAGAAGAGAAGAUAAGAUAAAAGAAGAAAAGAAGAGAAGAGAACUGUGGAAGUCGGAGUCAGUGACAAUGAUGAUGAAAGUGAUGAUGAGGAAGGCUCAGGAGUGUGCGGAACAGAUCCUGGGCAGAGAUUCCCCCACACCUAGCACCUGCAAACAGCUGUUACCUGGCAACGUCCUCACACCCCAUAAUAUCCCAGAGUUCUUCCUGCCACCGCAACUGAUCCGACAGCACUCGGAUGGACCGCCGAUGCAGACGGAGACAGGCAGCCCCGUGAGGACACAGGCUCAUGCCCAGGAGCGUGGGGACAUCAAGGGGACAGCGCUCGCAGCGGGGGGAACGAAGAGGUGGAAGGAGAGGCAGCCAUCGCAGACGCAGGUGUUGAGGAGGCCUGCGCAGCUGGCUGUGAAGCCGCUGGAUCAAGGCUGUCUGUACGAGAGCCCACACACACGCAGGAAAGAGUCUCUGUUCCACUGCACCGUCAGCUGCCUGCGCCUGGAGCCACACUCUCCUGCAGCAGCGCUGACGCACUCACACACACGCGGAGCGCCUGGACGCGCACACACGCAUGCCUCUGUCGCCCGUAGCAGCCAGGCAUCGCCACUCUCGCACAGUGCUCUCGGGGAGUCCGAUGCUGAGGUGGACACACCCUCCUCCACCGAAUCCACCCCUCAGGCGACGCCUCCCACACGUCGCUGGAGCCCCUCCCCCAGCCAUCUGGCUCCUCCUCUUCCCUUUGCUCUGGAGCUGUUGCACUGCCAGGAGCGUCUGCACCGAGAGCACUUGCUGCUUAUGCCCACUAGGGGGCGCCUGCGCCUCGCCACUGAACGCCCAGUCCCCAGCCCCAGCUACGACCAGCCCCCGAUCCUCCGGGUCCGCGUGGUGUCGGUGGAGGGCCUGCGUGACGCCGGCGAACUCCGACCUUUCAGCUGCGGCCUGAGCCUGUGCCUGACCCCCGGCAAGCUCCAGCAGCAGCACAGCGCCACCAUCAGGCACUGCCGGGAGCCCGUCGUCUUCAACGAGGACUUCUACUUCAGCCAGCCAGAGGGGCAGGCCCUGAGCCGCAUGGAGCUCCAGAUCAAGGUCAAGGACAAGAGCGGGGGCCUGGGCAGGGUCUGUGUGCUGGGCGUCAUCAGCAAACCACUGUCAGAGCUGAUGGCCCUCUAAACACACACACACACACACACACACACACACACACACUGCCUACAAAGGGAAAAUCAUACAUGGACAGAUGCACACAUACAGAGACAGCAGCCACACAACUAUACCCAAUAAUUACAGACACAGACACAGACACAGACAGCCACACUACUAUACCCAAUAAUUACAGACACAGACACAGACA